AUGCUGAUGUUCAGCCACCUCCCGCCCGUCACCACCUUCGCCCGCCUGGGCUCUGACCUGCUGCCUCCUCCUCCGCCGCCCCCCAUCCUGCCGUGCCACGGGGACAUGAUCCUGAAGAAGGAGCCCGGCUCCCCGCCCAACCACGACUUCAUGCACGGCCUGGGCGCCAUCAAGCAGGAGAAGAUCGGGGAGAACGACACCUACCAGUACUACGGGGAGAGGCCGGCCGAGAUCCUGGAGGUGACUGUGGGGGGCCCCGGGCUCAUCCCAGAGCUGGGCUUCAACCGAGAGCUGUUCUUAAGAACUGAAAGAAAUGGCUUCGAUCCAAAACAAACUCCAUCCAUGAAGAAGACCAGGCGUCCAAGCUCAGAAGCUCAGGAAGCAAAAUCCAAACGCAGGCGGAGUGACUCCUCUAAAUCAUUAGGUGAUGGUGAAGCUGCUAAUCUGUCUCCAAAUCAGAAACCUCAUAUAUGUGAACAUUGCAGUGCUGCUUUUAGGAGUUCCUAUCAUCUACGCAGGCAUGUGCUCAUACACACAGGUGAAAGGCCAUUUCAGUGCAGU